AUUAAAAAAAAUUAGUUUCUUAUACAUUACCCGAAGGCUUGUGAGAGGUCGGGAUGAUAUGCAUUGUAGGCACACUCCUUUGAUAUCUAGACGUUCGUGCAUGUGGUUAAUUAUAAUGUCCUAUUCAUAGAUCUGGGUUUUUUUUCUUCAUUCGAUUACUGUUUGUUAUUUUUGUCGUGUUCAUUUAUAUCGGCCUCCACUAUCAUUUUAACACCAAAGCAUUCAACAGUCUUUGUUUUUCUACAAAUCAAUCGUGGUUUCAGCAUGAUAGCUUACAUAACAACAAAUCUCCCAAAGGAAUUACAGGAGUUUCCAGAUUUCCCCUAUCCUAAGGAAUGGACAACAUCUUAUAUCACACGACAGCAGUACCAUCAAUACCUCAACAUGGUCAUGGAUAGCUACAAGCUGAGACCCUACAUACGGACCCACACCUUCGUUCGAGACGUAAGGCCAUUCAAAGACCAAGAUAAUAGCCUUUGUAAAUGGACUGUCACAUUUUCUCCAGUGAACAAGUUAUCUGAGGUCAAAACGGAAGUGUUCGAUUCUGUUCUUAUAUGUAAUGGUCACAACAGUAAACCGUACACUCCGAAUAUCCCUGGAAUGGAAUUGUUUGAGGGAAGAAUGAUUCACAGUAAAGAGUUCAGACACGAAGAACAUUUUGAUGGACUUUGUGUUGCAAUCCUUGGUUGUAGCUUUUCAGGAGAAGAUAUUUCAAUGCAUGUAGCAAAGUUUGCCAAAAAGGUCUUUGCAUGCCACAGUCGGGAUCCUAAAGAAUUCCCGCAAUCUUUCCCAAAAGAAAUAGGACAAAGGCCUCCUUUCGUUCGCAUGACGAAAGAUUCAGUGGUUUUUCCGGAUGGUUCUUCAGAAAAAGUGGAUGCCGUCAUAUUCUGUACAGGAUAUCGUUACUCAUUUCCUUUCUUAAAAGAUGACAUGAUAACGAUUAAAGAUGAACGCGUUCAGCAAAUAUACAAACACAUGUUUCAUAUUGAUUAUCCAAACUUGAUUUUUUUCGGAAUUGCUAAGGCGUUUUUAUACAUUCCUAUGUACCAUGAAAUGGCAAAACUUGCAGUUUUGGCGUUAGCAGGAAAAGUGAAAUUUCCAUCCAAAGAGGUAAUGAGGACAGAGAGUGAAGCUGAUUUUCAGUCUCGUUUAAAGGAAGGAAAACCACCCUCUUAUGCUCAUUGCUUCGGGGAUUUUGGAAGACAAUUUCGCUACAACGAAGAUCUCGCAAAAUUAGGAGGUUUUGAUCCUCUCCCGCCAGUUCUCGAAAUGAUUUUUCUGGACAUCGCAGAUGAAAGACACAUGAAUCUUCCGCAUUGUAACGAGAUUAGUUAUCGCGUUACUGGGCCUAAAUCUUAUGUUUGCUUAAACCCGGAAAAGAUCAGAUCAAGAGAAUCAAGAGCUGAAAACAUUGUUAAAGACUGAUGAAUCAAUUAUUAUUGUCAUGAAUUUUAUUUUUUUACUUGUUAACUACAUUUCUUGAUUUAAGUCCUGAUAAAGUUCUUUGUAAUACAUGUAUGUGUUUUCGUUCUGCUCUCAUCAGAAAUCUUUUUUACAUGUCACAUUGUAAUAAUUAUAAUAUUAAAGUACGUUGUGAGUAAAAGCACUUAUUUAGCUCCAAAGUAAGAGUAGGAGUAACACGUAUUUAAAAAAUAGUAUUUAGAUUUUGUUUGUUUUCUUAGUUUAGUUUGACAGGAUGGGAAAGGGCUUGAAGAGUAAUUUUAGAUCAUUUUUGUAAACGGCACCAUCAUCUAGUUUUCAGAAAGGUACAAACAUAAUCAAUUCAUGCUUAAAGUGAAAUAUGUACAAAAUAUCCAAGAUUUAGUCAGGUUAUACUUCGUUUCUUAAUUUUUAUUUCUAUAUUCACAGAGUAAUGUUACAUAUAUCGAUAAAUGUAUAUUGCUAUUAAUAUUACCUUGAUUCAUGAACCCAAGCCAAUAUCACAAUAAAUUUUUGUGAAUCAUUUUUUUUUUUUUUUUCACUUUUUUCUUUUUAUAUCAGGUAUGGUAUCGUUGCAUUGUCAUUUUCCCAUGAAUCAAUCUUUACACUAUUUUUUUCUGUUACACAUUAAUUUUGUGUCAGAUUCAUAGCUUUUGCUUUUUUAUUUAAACUCUUCUUGAACAUAGCUAUUUGUUUUCUAUUUAGUUCAACUAAGUCACUUGCGCACUUGCAUCUUCUACAUGUAGCUACGUUUCUGGGGGAAAUUUAAAAGGACAGAAUACGUUCAGUUAAAUAUUUCAACGAGAAUUAGCAUAUACUCAUUCUUUUGGUGAGAUCUUUGUCACUGCAUGAUUACCUGAAAUAAUAUUCUGAUGGUUGAAAUUUGAAAUGACAUUUUUCAAUAAAACUUAUCAGUUUUA